UCAAGAAACCAGAAACAUCAAUUCAGAACCUAUCGAAAAUGAAGACCCUCAUAUUCUGUGCCAUUCUGGCUGUGGCCAUCGCUCAGGAAGCUACUUACAACAACCGAUAUGAUAACAUCGACGUGGAAGAAAUUCUGAAAUCGGAUCGUCUCUUCAAGAACUAUUUCAACUGCCUGAUGGACGUCGGUCCAUGUACUCCGGAAGGAACCGAUCUGAAGAAGUACCUACCGGACGCACUGGAAACUGGCUGUACCAAAUGUACCGAGAAGCAGCGUGAUACCGGAAACAAAGUGAUCGCUUGGUUGAUCGAGAACCGCCCGAUGGAGUGGACCAUGCUGAAGGCCAAGUACGACCCGGAGAACAAGCUGACCGAACGCUAUCGGGAACUGGCUGCCAAGGCUGGAAUCGCUCUGUGAGCUUAGA